AUAUCCAGUUGCGCCAUGUCCUUUGUAUCCAUUCCAAAAAUCGGUGCGAAAAUAUCAUUUACCAGUCUGACACCCUGCAUAUUUUCGCGGAGUGUCUCCUCCUCUCCAUACGGUCGCACACAUGUUUACACCCGUCGUCCGAACAAGCUGCCCAACCCAUUAGUUCCUCACUUCCCUCAGCGUGUCUACCGUGCUGAUGGCUCGUCAUUCACACACUGGACGACAUCCCCGCGCUCACGCAUUCGCCUUACACGUGAUACGACGAACAAUCCACUCUACCAUGCGACGGCACGUCUAGCAGCGCAGGGUUUAGGCGGAAUCGAGGAAGAGGAGGAAGAGGGUACCGGACGUAUGGGACGGUUCAGAAGGCGUUUCGGGAGGGAGGUUAAUGUGGGUGAUUGGGCAGAGCUGCACGACGAAGCAUCGACUGGGCAAACUUUGGAAACAAUGAGCGCAUCAGACAACGCCAAACGGAAACCAGCGAAAAAGUAAGGGGUGCGAUGGGACUAUUAUUUGGCUUUAUAUCAGUUUCCUCGUAGCUCAAUUCUUGCUUUGCGUAAUCAUCGUUUCUCUCGUUCUCUCGCUCCCUUGGCAUUUCCUGCGCACCCAUUAUUGACAUCGGACCAUUAGGGAAGACGUCUAUGGUACAUGCGCAAUCUGAGCAUUUCCGACGCGAACGGUAGGAUGUUAAGGAGCUUUUGAGCUCUUGCCAGCACAAAUCCCUAGUGGCAUUGGAAGCUGUAGUGCCCCUUUCUUCGAAGACGCACGCUGAGUGGCCAAGUCUUACAUGGUCAC